ACUUUGUACUCCGUAAUUGUUGCUUUCUGUAUUAUUCCCAAUAUACCACUUGUAGAAAGUUAAGAGUAGAUUACCAUACCGCCGGAUUAUUGCGCCCACUCUCUCUCUUCUCGGCAAUCGACUAAGAGCGACGAAAAGUGCGGCAGCCACAAAUCAAUGGCGCCACACAGUGAUCAACCAGCGCAGGAAGCUGACGCCGCCAUGGAUUCUGAAACUCAGAGAAAACCUAUUUCAACCAUUGUUAUCUUCAUCGCUAUGCACACCGAAGCUCUACCGCUGGUUAAUAGGUUUAAGCUCCAAGAGGAACACGAUUCUUUGUUUCCAAAAGGAGUUCCUUGGGUGCGUUAUCAUGGUAUAUACAAGGAUUUGCAUAUUAAUAUUGUGCAACCUGGGAAGGAUCCUGUAUUAGGUGUUGAUAGUGUUGGUACAGUGUGUGCAUCCCUUGUUACCUAUGCAACUAUUCAGGGGUUGAAGCCAGAUCUUAUCAUAAACGCAGGAACUGCUGGGGGUUUUAAGGCAAAAGGAGCAGCCAUUGGGGAUGUCUUCCUUGCAUCAGAGGUUGCAUUUCAUGACAGAAGAAUACCUAUACCUCUUUUUGAUUUAUACGGGGUUGGUCUGCGACAAGCCUUCUCAGCAUCUAACGUCUUGAAGGACUUAAAUUUGAAGAUUGGAAAAUUGUCAACUGGGGAUUCAUUGGACAUGUCUCCGCAUGAUGAAGCUUCAAUCACUGCAAAUGAUGCUACGCUAAAGGAUAUGGAGGGUGCUGCUGUUGCAUAUGUGGCUGAGCUCCUAAAAGUACCAGCUAUAUUCCUCAAGGCAGUGACGGAUAUAGUUGAUGGUGAUAAGCCCACCGCAGAGGAGUUCGUGCAAAAUUUGACUACUGUCACCGCUGCUCUUGAUGAUAGUGUUGCUAAAGUUAUCGAUUUCAUCAGCGGAAAGUGCCUUUCAGAACUCUGAGGUUUUCCUCUUGACACCAUUCUUUGCAAUUCGUUAACAGAAACACAAAGUUAGCUUCAUGUGUUUGUAUAAGCCCUCGUGGUAAUUGUCCUAUUGAGACGGCAAAACUCAGGUGCAUUAAAUUCUAUUUUUUGGUGUUGGGUUUGUGUGGUUGACGAGCCGGGCGGGGUUGCCGUUAUUUGAAGGUGUAUUAUUUAUAGAUUUACUUUUCACCACAGAUAGAUAAAAAUCAAUUAUCCUCUUCUAUAUGAUACUGCAAUUCAGACUGUAGAAUUCUUAGUACAUUAUCUGAGUGAUUGUUUCUCAUCACA